AUGAAAGUUUACAAGGGACUUGAAAUUGUUACAAACAAGAUUACACACGCUGGGAAAAAGGGUGUACGACACUAUUUGUUAGGUGAAAUUGAACCAGAUUCAGACUUCACAGCUGAAGAUUUUUGUUUGCAAGUUGUCGUCUACAUAGAAAAAAUAAUGAAAACUCAACGUGUUCCAAUUAUUGUUGGAGGGUCAAAUUCAUAUAUUGAAAAACAUGUUGAAGAUCCUGUGUUCAUGUUCAAAUAUAAGUAUGAUAGUUGCUUUAUUUGGAUUGAUGUUGAGCAAUUAGUCUGGAACCGUAGAGUUGACAUGAGGGUUGAUCAAAUGGUAAAGCAGGGCUAG